UUUCUCAAACCAAACAACAAAAGUUUCCUCUGUUACUGAUUCCAUUCUCUUCCCAGAAACAUCAAUGACAUCACUGUUAUCAUCACCCUUGUCAAUACCAUCACCAUUGUCAAUACCAUCACCACCUCCACCUCCACCGCCAUUGUUAUCCAAUGAAGCAACCAUGGAAAAACCCUCCCUCCCACUUCGAAUGACCAUCUCACUUCAACCGGCAAACACCAAGAGCAAACGCGAUUCCAAGUCCAACAAGCUCUAUCGAAGGUUCCGAUCGGUUUUCCGAUCUCUUCCGAUCAUCGCGCCGUCGUGCAAGAUGCCAACAGUUAUGAGGAGCCGUGGCAGCGAGGUAUACAUCCAUGGCGGCACAAGGAUCACCGGAACCCUAUUCGGGCACCGGAAAGCUAGGGUAAACCUUGCAUUCCAGACAAACCCUAAUUGUGAACCGUUCCUGCUCUUGGAGCUGGCUAUCCCCACAGGGAAAUUGCUCCAAGAAAUGGGAACGGGGCUAAAUAGGAUAGCGUUAGAGUGUGAGAGACGCGCUCACAACAGCGAGAAGAUUAGGAUCAUUGAUGAACCCAUUUGGACAUUGUUUUGCAAUGGGAAGAAAACGGGUUAUGGGGUGAAGAGAGAAGCCACAGAUGAUGACUUGAACGUGAUGCAGUUGUUGCAUGCAGUGUCUGUGGCUGUUGGUGUUCUUCCCAAUGAGAUUUCGGAUCCUCAUGAUGGUGAACUCUUAUACACGAGGGCCAAUUUUGAACGAGUGAUUGGGUCUAAAGACUCUGAGACUUAUUACAUGAUGAUGCCUGAUGGAAAUGAUAACGGGCCUGAACUUAGUCUCUUCUUCGUUAGGGUUUAAUAUGUGGUGGCAUCAUGGCAUGUCAGAAAAAGGAUGAAUCUUUUAGAUUAUGUGUAAAGGUUUCAAAUUGUAGUUACAGUUAUAAAUG